GGAAGCCACACCUACUGGAGGAGAACUGGAUGGAGCAGAAGAUGCAGACAUGAUGAAGAGUGGAGUUCAGCCCCCAGAGAAAAGUCAGAAAAGUCAGCCACCACCACAGCUUGAAAUUGAGGUGCCUGCAUUGAGGAUUGUGCUGCUGGGCAAAACUGGGACUGGAAAGAGUGCAUCGGGAAACACCAUCCUGGGGAGCAAAGAUUUUGAACAGGAUUUCUCACUCGAAUCUGUGACUAAAACGUGUAAUAAGCAAUAUACUGAAAUAGCUGGUAAACAAAUUACACUGAUUGAUACACCAGGAUUAUUUGAUACAAACAAUACCAGAGACAAGCUAAAAGCAAAGAUAGAGAAUUAUGCUGAAAUGUCUGUUCCUGGGCCUCAUGCCUUUCUGCUGGUGAUCAGAUUAGACAUAAGAUUCACAGAGGAGGAGAGGAACACAGUGCAGUGGAUCCAGGAGAACUUUGGUGAAGAUGCUUCUCAGUACACCAUAGUGCUCCUCACUCAUGCAGAUGCACUGGAGGGAAAACAAGUGAACCAUUUGCUGUAUAAAAGUGCUGCUCUUUCAUCUCUUAUCAGCCAGUGUGGGGGUAGAUAUCACACAUUUAACAAUAUGAGUGCAGACAGGACUCAGGUCAGUGAGCUACUGGAGAAGAUAGAGGCCAUGGUGAAGAAGAAUGGAGGAGGACACUACACCAGUGAGAUUUAUAAGGAAGCUCAGAUGAAAAUACGACAGAGACAAAGACAUCAGGCAAUUGUUGAUACUACAGUAGCAAUAGGAAAAGCUGCAGUGGCAGCAGUAAUAGGGGCAGCAGGAAACUCAGCAGUAGUGGCAGCAGGAAAAGCAGCAGGAAAAGCAGCAGUAGGGGCAACAGCAGGAACAGCAGCAGUAGGGACAGCAGGAACAGCAGCAGUAGAGGCAGCAGGAACAGCAGCAGUAGAGGCAGCAGGAACAGCAGCAGAGGUGCUGCAGGGGUGGCAGGAGGUGUGGCUGGAGCCUCAGUGGAUAUGGUGGCUGGAAGUAAAGCUGGUGGGGCUGUGGGACGCAAAGUUGGAGGAAUGGUCGGAGAAUCGGCAGGCAGCCACAAGGCUUUUCAAAAACUGGAAAACUGACAAUCUGAGGAAACCAACCAUCAAACCUGACAUGUUUUAG